UUUGAGGUUGUGUUCAAUCUCAUAUAUUAGAAAUCUAAGGUGAAAGAGAAAGAUAGAUAGAGAGAAAGAAGAAAAGAAAAUAAGUGUAUGUGAAAGAGAGAUAAAUAUAAAGCAUUAUAGAGAAGGGGACAAAAUGUCUGCGGAUCUUAAUAUGUUUACUAGCAAACGUUUACAUGCAACCUGACAUGCUUGACAUCGUUCGAGAAAUGACUAAUGAAGUGAUAGAAAAACUGUGGCGUGAUGGCCGUAUCUUUUAAUCGAUAUCUUAUUUUACCUGAAAUUGAAAAAAGUGACUUCAAAGUAACUCAAGAAAAUAAACAUAAAUACACGGAUGAAAAUACCUCAAGAAAUUCAUCUAAUGAGCAGAAAACCUCCGUAAUACCGGCAACUGUACCUUUGUGUGUUCUGGGUGAUGUCCAAUUACGUUUUCUGUGUCCAGAUGAUUUGGAGGAAGUACGAGCACUCUGUCAAGAUUGGUUCCCUAUUGAUUAUCCUUAUUCAUGGUAUGAAGAUAUAACAAGUUCCUCACGGUUUUAUGCACUUGCAGCUGUAUAUGGUGGAGUAAUAAUUGGACUCAUUGUCGCGGAAAUAAAGCCUUAUGCUAAAUUGAACACAGAAGAUCGUGGUAUUUUGUGUUCAAGUUUAGGAAAUGAUUGUUUAGUUGGUUAUAUUCUUAGCUUAGGUGUCCGUCGCGCAUAUAGAAGAAAUGGAAUUGCAUCAUUAUUAUUGGAACAAUUAUUAGCACAUGUCACUGCUCCAGAACGUUCUUCCGUAAAAGCAGUCUUCCUGCAUGUAUUAUCUAGCAAUGCACCAGCUAUUUUAUUUUAUCAAAGAUGUCAUUUUCGAUUACAUAGUUUUCUACCUUAUUAUUAUGUAAUUCAUGGCAAAUGUAAAGAUGGUUUUACUUAUGUUCUCUACGUCAAUGGGGGACAUGCACCACGCGGUAUUCGGGAUUGGUUGCGUCAUAUAGCCAGUGCAAUGGCUAGUCUUGGACCAUGCAGAAUACCCCGUUGGAUUUGGCAACGACUUCUUUGGGUUACUACCAUACUUUCAUAUCAUAGAUGAUACUUUAUGACGAAUACCAAUGUUAAACCAAAUAUUUUUUUUCUUAUUUUUAAAGAAAUAUAUUGCAUAGAAUAUGCUAAUUUGGGUAUUAUACCUUAGCAAUAAAAUUAUUAGCUUUA